AUGUUGAUUGCGGGUAUGGAGGGAAUUCAUCAAGAUGUGGACGACGUAACUGAGGAUUUCGUCAAGACAUUAAUCGAAAAGGACACCGGAGAAGAUAAGAUCGCGAUCAAGCACUUCCAUGUAGAACGAGCAACAGAAGCGGGUGACAACUACGGAACCAUCGUUUAUCGGAUUCACGUCAGCUAUAUCUGUGGCAGCGAUGGGUCGGGCAAGAGCCGAGACGCCGCGUACAUUGGGAAGUUUCUCCCGGUGCAACCGAAGCACAGGGAGACUAUGCAGCAAAUGGAUUUCUACGAGAGAGAGGUGGUUGUGUACAACGAACUAAUUCCCUCCAUGAUUAAUUUACAGAAGGAAAAGCUUAUCCGAGAAGAUAUUCUCAUACCCGAUGUGCCACGUUGCAUUUAUGCGAACUGGCAAUCCACACCUAUCGCAGCUGUCAUCAUGGAAGACUUGUGCACGAAGGGAUUUCGAUUGACUGAU